AUGACUCCGCAAUUACUUCGUGCCUUCGAAAACUGUAAGAAAUCACUAACUCAAGCAACUCUUCUCGCUCAUCCAGACCCAGCUGCAGAACUAGCAAUAGUGACAGAUGCAUUUGAAACUGCCAUAGGCACCUUGCUUCAACAACAGAAAGGUAAGGAUUGGGAACCACUUGCUUUUUACUCUCAUAAGCUCAGCAACACACAGCGGAAGUACAGCCCCUACGACCGAGAGCUACUGGCUGUCUAUGAAGCCAGUUUACAAUAUUCACCAAACAUAAGCCUCUUAUCUUCGCGUUCUCAAAGAGCAAAGACAAAUGCACUCCAAGACAGUUCAGACACCUUGACUACAUUGUUCAGCUUACGACAGACCUGA